AUGCCGUACUACGAAUACGACCACACACACUACGACCGACAACCUCGACCCUACAACCCGCGGCUUUCGUCGCUUUCGCCUUACCGCAUCGAGGAUCUCUAUGCGGCGUUACCCGGCGACAUCGUUUGGUCCACCGCGUGCCCGCUUCGCACUGACCGCGACAUCCCGCCAUUCAUGGACCCCGGUCCGAGCGACCGCGAAGUUCCGCCACUGGCAGAAAACCGCAAGCGUCGCGAGAAGAAGGGAGUCGGCCAGACACAGACCGAGAGGGGAGGCGGCGGUGACGGAAGCCGCGACGUGACCGACCGUGGCAAGCAGAUCGACAAGACCCUUGCAAUCACACGCCCGUCUCCUCUCAGUGCCAACCCUGAGGUUGCAAUCCACCUUCGAGAGCGGCGACUCAUCGAGGUCAGACUCUUGCUGAGCCAGCUCCAUGCACAACUUGAGACGGCGUACAAUGUCUACAAGACAAUCGACGACAAAUUCAGAACACAGUGCAACGCCGUCAAAAGCUUCGUCAGCGCAGACACGCUGGAUAAGAUUUGGAGUGACAUGGUACAGUCGGGGAUGAAGCAAGAGGAGGCACAGGCUGAGAGAUCGGCCGACUUUGACUCAGUCAUGGCACAGAUUGGCCUCUGCUUGCGACAUCUCCAAUCAGCCGAGAAGGACAGGCUUCCCUCGGUCCAUGGCCUUCACGAAAGGAACGCCAUUAUCGAGCGUCAAUUCAAGAACAUCACCAAGGCUGUCGAGGAAAUUGUAGAGCUUGGUGGGAGAGCCCAUAUGGAUCAUCUGGCGUGUGGAGAUUUGAUCUGGCACUUGAACAGGGCCUGGACAGCGGCAAAUCCCGAAUCGGUGAUGUGGAAAAGCCUUUUGGGCAAGCUGCCCGCAGCGGAGAAGACGUAUGUUGCUCCCGAUGACAACAGCAACUAG